AUGGCUCAAGCACAAGGAUCCUUCUCAGCCCCUCCGCAGGUGGUCUCUUUCGAUGGCGUCUUGUCCGAUUUCGAUGGGACAAUCAUCGACUCGACCGACGGCGAAAUCGGUGCCGAGCUAGGCGUGGACCCCGAGACAAUCCUUGCGACAUCCCACGGACGCAGAAGCAUCGAUACCCUCCAGCUGUACGACCCAAUCAAGGCCAACUGGGAAUAUGUCAGCUACAUUGAAGGCCGUAUCCCCAAGGAGUUCGGCGCGGACGCCGUCGAGAUCCCCGGCGCCAGGUCGCUCCUCGACGCGCUGGAGAACGCCGGCGCACGCUGGGGCGUCGUCACCUCCGGAUCACGAGCGUUGAUUGAUGGCUGGCUGAGUGUUCUCAAGCUCACGCAUCCCGAGACCCUGGUCGUCGCCGAGGACGUCCAGCAGGGCAAGCCUGAUCCGUCAUGCUACCUGCUGGGCCGCUCGAAGUUGAACCUCGAGCACUCGUCGUCGCUGGUUGUGCUGGAGGAUGCGCCAUCGGGCAUCCGGGCGGGCAAGGCGGCCGGGUUCAAGGUGAUUGCGCUGACGACGACCCACACGCUGGCACAGCUGCAGGAGGCCGGAGCGGAUUGGAUUGUGGAGGACCUGAGGAGUCUCUCUGUCAAGGGCGUGGAGGGCGGAAAGAUCCAGCUGGAAAUCAAGGAUGCGUUCCAAUAA